UUUUUCCCGCCUUUAAUUCGGGUUAGAAUCAAACAUAUGAUUUUGGCGACACUAGCAAGAUCUAUCGGCAAAAAUAGUAAUUAAAUUCUUUAUAGUUGAAAUGUUUUUUUUUUUUUUUUUAUAGUUUAUGAAUCGUAACAAAUAAUUGGCGGCAAAAGUGAUGAGAGGCAAAAAUUGUUGUAAUAAAGUACAUUUUGUAUUAUGUUUAUAAAAUAAUUGUACGCUAGUCAUAAUAAUAAYUAAUUAAUAAUGAAGAAAUCAAAUAUAACUCAAAAAAAGCCUUCGAAGAAUACAAAUGCGUCAGAGAAAAAUCAGAAAAAGAUUCAUUCAUUUUUUACCAAAACUCCUGAAUCUCAAGAAAAGAAGGAUGAUACAAAGAAAGAUGUGAUUGUAGUUACAGAAAUUAAAAACAAUACUUCCAUAAAUCACAAUAUUAAUAAAAAACGAAAAAGAUCUGAGAGUUUAGAUUUUGAAUCAAAUAUAAAAAUGAAGAAUAUUCGUUAUGGUGAUGUCAAAGGAUCACUUUUUGACAAUAGUCUCAAAAUUACCGACACGAAAAAAGAAAACAGCAAAAUGUCUGAGAAUUGUGCUAAUGAUUCUUUAAAUAUAUGUGAUGAAACAAUUAAAGAAUUGGAUAAUUCUUUGCUUGAAAGUCUUACCGAUGACUUAACUAUCAUCGAUGAUGAAGAAACUACACCAAGUAAUAGUAAAAAUACAAUAAAAGUCACUGAUAACAAAUCUCAAUGUAAUCAAAGUUUAGAUAUGGUUGAAUUAAAUCAAAUGUUCAACGACAUGAACAAUUGUGAAGAGUUGAAUGCAGAUGAUUUUAAUGAAAUAUUUGAUACCGAAUGGAAUUUAGAUUCACAGAUAAAUCUUCAUUCAUUGGAACGAUGUGAAGUCAUAAAUUUGGAAAAGAAUUUCAAUUCUAUGAUGUUAAAAGUACAACACACUGAAUUGAAAAGUUUUGGUACUGUUACUUGUUUAGGAUAUUGGAAGGAUUUACAAAUUAACGAAGGAGACAUUGUGGUGAUACAAGCAAAGAAAGAAUCACAGAACUGGGUUGUUGAUAAUGAUUAUGGUUACAUUGUAAUAAAACCUGACGUAUUGGUUUCUAGUACGACUAUUGUUGGUGGUCUUUAUUGUAACAGGCGAGCAGUGUUGAGUGAAAAGUUUGGAAGAAUAGAAUCUUUACCAUAUUUCAUCUCUAAUCAGAUGCCAUUGCUUAUUGGAAAGAUAGUUCAUAUGCUUUUACAAAAAAGUAUUGUUGAAAAUAUUUAUAAAAUAGAUGAUAUUAGAAAAAUGGCGGAAAUUGAAUUAAAAUCUAAAGAUACAAUUUAUAUGUUGUACGGUUCUGAAUCUACGUUUGAAAAAUGUCAAGAAGAAGUAUUAUCAUAUGUACCACAAAUAUCGGAAUUUAUUCAACAUUAUGUACACGAUAUACAGCAGAAAGCAAUAAGUAACGACAAAGAUAACUUCAAAGGUACAAUUUCUGAGGUACACGACAUUGAAGAAAAUAUUUGGUUACCAAAAUUAGGAUUAAAGGGAAAAAUCGAUGUUACGGUUGAAGUUAAACUUCAUUCUCGUAAGAAACAAAUAAUGCCGAUAGAAAUAAAAACAGGAAGACCAUCUUUUUCGUUGGAACAUAGGGGUCAAGUUAUCUUAUAUAUCAUGAUGAUGGCUUUUAUGGGUCAAGAAACCGAUAGCGGAUUAUUAUUAUAUCUUAAAAAUAAUAAGAUGCGUGAAAUAACUUGUGGUCGUGCAGAAAAGAGAGAUUUAAUUUUAUUAAGGAAUACUCUGGUUGAUUAUUUUACCAAAACGAGAAAUAUAAUCUUCUCUGAUGAUUUGGAAGAUUUAUUGAAGAAUAAUAUGCCAUUACCAGAACCUAUUAAUAAUUAUACAAGUUGUCAAAGAUGUCCUUACAAUAAUUUAUGCUGUGCUUACUUAAAAAAGGACGAUACUUUAAAAUUAUCCGAAUCACAUGGAUUAAUUAAACUCAGUAAAGAAAUUUUAAAUGUAUUUGAAGAUAAACAUAUAGAUUUUAUCUUCAAGUGGGUAUCUAUUUUACAAAUGGAAGAAAAUAUACAAGCUGAACAAUAUAAUAUGAAAGAUAUAUGGACAUUAACACCAGAGAAAAGAGAACUGAAAGGAAAUUGUAUUAGCAAUUUAAAAGUUAUUGGUAAAGUUGUACCACAAUAUGAUAGAUUUAAACAUAUCUUUGUUCGUACCGACAGUCAAACUAUCAUCAAUGAAAAUAUUUCUACUGAAUUUGUAGAAAAUGAAUACGUUAUUGUUAGUACGGAUACACGAAUAAAUAUAUCAUCAGGUUUUAUAAUGAAAAUAAAUAAAAAUGCUAUUACUCUUCUUUUAAACAGUAAUAUUACAAAACGUAACAUGAUUGGAAAUUUUCAUAUUGAUAAAUAUAAUUCCAUUACUUCUUUAUCGUCAACAUUAUUUUCAAAUAUUGGAGGUUUGUUGUACGACAAUAUAAUAUGUGGAAGAUUACGAAGCAUCGUUAUAGACAAAAAACCAGCAACAUUUUUAACAAAAUUACCUCGUUCAGUUAUCUUCAAAUCAGCAACAGUAUUACAACAUUUAAAUGAAAUACAACAAAGAGCAAUACUUAAGUGUCUAGCUGCUAACGAAUACGUUUUAAUAAAAGGCAUGCCGGGUACAGGAAAAACUGAAACAAUUGUAACAUUGAUUGAAGUUUUAUAUAAAUUAGGUACCUCAAUAAUUGUAACAUCGCAUACUCAUAGUGCGAUAGAUAACAUUUUGUUGAAAUUGGUGAAUAAAAAUAUCGAUUUUAUACGAUUGGGAUCAUCUUAUUCGGUAAAUCCAUUAUUAAAAAAUAAAAGUGAAGAAUAUUUAACAUCUGAGUGUAAAACCAUUGAAGAAUUGGAUUCGGUGUACUCAAAUAAGAAAAUUGUAGGAGUUACUUGUUACGGUUCUAAUCAUGUAUUCUUUGAACAAAGAACAUUUGACGUGUGUAUAGUUGAUGAAAGUACUCAAGUAACUCAACCAGCAAUAUUAGGUCCAUUGUACAACGCUAAUAAAUUUAUUUUGGUUGGAGAUCCUAAUCAAUUACCGCCAGUUAUUAGAAGUAAAACGGCUAAAAAUCUUGGAGCAGAUAUAUCACUUUUUGAAAAAUUGGAUUCAGAAAACAAUACCAUUUCUUUAAUGUUACAAUAUAGAAUGAACAAAACUAUUAUGAAUUUGAUAAACAAAUUAACGUACAAUGAUCAAUUAAAAGCAGGAAAUGAAACAAUAGAAAAUGCAACCUUUGUAUCACCCAAUACAAAAAUACCAUCGUCGAAUGAAAGAUGGGUAAAAACGGUAUUAUCACCAGCAUUGGAUGAUUCUGUGAUUAUUUUAAAUACUGGUUGUAUUAGUGAAAUGACUAUUGAUUUUAUUGAUAAAAAAGAUAACAUUAAGACUGAUCAAACUUGUACUAAUAUUUGGGAGGCAGCUUUAAUUUUGUAUUUGCUGAAAACUUUAUUUCAGAUUGGUAUAGAAUGCAAACAAAUUGGUAUUAUAGCACCGUACAAAGCGCAAGUUAUGUUUAUUAGAAGUUUAGUAGAUUCAGAAAUAGAAAUAAAUACGGUCGAUCAAUAUCAAGGACGCGAUAAAGAUAUUAUUUUCUAUUCGUGUACGAAAAGUGUUUCAAAAAAAUUAGACAAAGUUCAGGAUACUGGAAUAUUGGAAGAUCACAGACGUUUAACCGUAGCUGUUACACGUGCAAAACAUAAAUUAAUUAUUAUUGCGGAUAAAGAUACUAUGAGUCAAUAUACACCGUUUAAACAAUGUUUUAAUAUAGUUGAAGAAAAAAAUGUGAUCAACAUAAAGGAUGAUUAUUACGAUUUUGCAUGGGAACCGGUCAUUAAUACGUUAAAAAACAAUAUGUCUUUACAAUCGAAUGAAUGAAUGAAUUAUACAAUUGAAUGUGAACAAAAAAUGGCAUGAUUUAUAGAAUGUAAUUGAAAAGUGAUAUAUUAAUAUUUUUUUAUAUUAUAUUUAUACAACAUGUUUGUGUGAUUAUACAAAAAUUGUAUUA